GUCUGUGAGUUGUCUUAUGAUUCAGAUACUCCAUCAUAUGUGGAUGGUCAACUGGAAGUGGCCCAGCAGAAGCCUCAGAUAUCAGAGGAGUGCAUCUCUGCAUUCAAGGAGAACUUGUCCAGCUCUGGAGUGAUUCAGCCAGCUGUUCUCAGAAGCACCUUGCUGCACUCACGCUGGGACUGGCCGUGUGGGAGCUGCUGCUCGUCAGGAUCCCGGAGCACGCUCCCAUGCUCCUGUGGGCAUCCUUGCUGGUCCUUGCUCCAGUCAGUGGACAAAUUGCUGCACCCAAACCCGUGAUUUCCCUCCAUCCUCCAUGGACCGUCGUCUUCAAAGGAGAGACAGUGACUCUGACUUGCCAUGUACCUCACCUCCGUGCAGCAGAGUACAUAACAUGGCACCUGUCGUACUUCGGAAAGGAUCUACUACAUAAAACCCCAGGAAACACCCUCAAGGUCCAUGACUCUGGAAGGUUCAGGUGCCAGACCAAGGACUCGCCCCCAAGUGACUCUGUGAGGUUGAUCUUUUCUUCAGACUGGCUCAUCCUUCAGGCUCCACACACCGUGUUUGAAGGUGACACGCUGGUCCUGAGAUGCCAGGUUAAGGGGAGACAGAAACUGAUCACUGUGAAAUACAGCUGGAAUGGGAAAGUUAUCUCUGUCUCUAAUCAAGGCCAGGAUCUUCUGAUACCACAAGCAAGUUUGAACAACAGUGGCCACUACCAAUGCAUUGGAUUUCUGGAGAGAGAUCAUUACGUAUAUAAGUCAAGUACCAGAAUUAUUAAAAUUCAAGAACUAUUUCCAUAUCCAAAGCUGCAAGUCACACCCUCCCAGCCUACGGAAGGCAGCUCUGUAAACCUGAGCUGUCAAACACAGCUGCCUCUCGAGCGGUCAGACACUCUGCUGUACUUCACCUUCUUCAGAGACCGUGGGGUCAUGCUGUCAGACUGGAGCAGGUCCCCAGAACUGCAGAUCACAACCAUCUGGAGAGAAGACUCGGGAUCGUAUUGGUGCACGGCUGCUACAGCAAUCCCCAGCAUCCAAAAACACAGCCUCCCACUGCAGGUUCACGUGCAGGGUGUCCCAGUAUCCGGAGUGCUCCUGGAGACCCAGCCCCAGGGGGGCCAGGCGCUUGCAGGGGAGCCUCUGGUCCUCGUGUGCUCCGUGGCUGAAGGCACAGGGGACAUCGCAUUCUCCUGGCACAGAGAGGACACGGGGGAGCAUGUGGGGAGGAAGCAGCAGCGUUCCCAGAGAGCAGAGCUGGAGAUCCCUGCUGUCGGGGGGAGCCACAUGGGGCGCUACUACUGCACGGCUGACAACGGCCAUGGCCUCGCCCGCAGCGGAGCCCUGAAUGUCACUGUUACAGGGCUCAUGACCCCAGCAGCAUUGAGGAAAGGAACCAGGGCCCCAUGGCCCUCUCCUGGGGCUCACGCAAGCUCUUCCCUGUCAGGCACUCCGGGGAACAGAAGUGGCCUCAUUGCUGCAGGAGCCACUGGGGGGCUGCUCAGCAUUCUUCUCCUGGCUGUGGCCCUGUGGAUGUACCACCAGCACCAGCGGAAGUCAGGAGGUCGUUUUCUGGAAAACACAACCAGGAGCACUCCUACCAUAGGCCCUGGAGAGGCCCCCCAUUCUGGGUGCCCUGCCCUGGUGGAGCUGCAGCAAUUGUAUGGCAAUGGGUACCUCGAAGAGGAAAACUUGGCAUAUUCUGAGAUCCGUAUUAUUCAGCUGGGACAAGAAGAGGCAGCCAGUACCUCCAGAACAUCUCUAGAGAACAAGCAUACUUCAGUUAUCUACUCUGCGGUGAAGACACAGCUCCCAGAGGACUCAGCUGGAGAGGUCAGGUCUCAGGAUGAAGAUGCCAUAGAAAAUUAUGAGAAUGUCCAAUUUGCAUGACUUGUCCCUGAUGCAAAGCUCCCAGCCCAGUGCCAUCUUCAGGGUUUCUGGAGUGGCCAACUAGUUCCAAUGUACCAGUUCUUCCUGCCCAAGUGCAUUCAUAUACGACUCCUAAUUCACCUGCUCUGAAGUGGUGAUGGGGCAGCCACAGAGAGACUUGCUCAAGUGACCAGGGUCCAUGGAUAGACAAGACCCUGAGCACCUGCUCUGAGCCUAACCCAAUGCGUUCCUCAGGGUCUGAUUUAAGGGAAAGGAGGAAGGGGAGAGAAGUACUCCUGCUGAAAAGCAGAAAUACAAAUGUUGGUGAAUAGGAAUUUGCACAUAGAUGCAACUGAGUGACUCAGAUAUCUGCUCAACGUGUCUCCCACCACUAUCCCAUUGGGGAUCAUCUGCAGCAGCUGGCUUAACUAUGAGUGGUGCCCACGUGCUUCCUAAACAAUGCCCAGAGCCACCCCUCCUGCAUACCCUGUUUCCACUGUCAGGAUUCAGUUGCAGACCAAAGAAUCCACUCCAGCGGUUUACAGAGAAGAGAAUUUAAGUAGGAUAUUAGGUACUUUACAUCUGAAGAGCUAGAGAAAUGGGCUCUAGGCUGAGCUUCCAAAAGCAAAAGGCAACAAUGUUAAUGUUACUUAAGACAAAGAUUUUUAGCAUUAGAGAAGAGAAAUAAAAAAAUAAAAUUGGGGCGCCUGGGUGGCUCAGCAGUUGAGUGUCUGCCUUGGGUUCAGGUCGUGAUCCCGCAGUCUGGGAUCGAGUCCCACAUCGGGUUACCUGCAUGGAGCCUGCUUCUCCCUCUGCCUGUGCCUCUGCCUCCCUCUGUGCCUCUCAUUAAUAAAUAAAUAAAAUCUUUUUAAAAAUUAAAUUAAAUUAAAUUAAAAAGUUAACUAAUAGCCAUACAGAUCUAAAUUUGAGUUGGAAGUACCAGUAUAAGCUGAUGUCAAACUCUGCUUUUUAAAAAAGAUAUUUAUUUCCUAGGUCUGUACACUGAAAAUGCCUAGAAAUAAUUAUAAACCUGACAGCAGUGAGCACACCUUUCAUGGAUUUUAUUCUACAAAUACUAUUUCCCACCCAAAGGGUAUUGGACUGUCUUUCUUGAAAGAGACAUGUCCUUAGUUACCAAAUAGUUGCUGUGGGAAUAAAUAAUUCUUCCAAUAAUGAAGAGGGAAUGAAAGAAGCAGAAAAGCAUUCUUUUGAUUGGAUAUUUCAUGGGAUGCCUACUGAUUAAGUUAACAUGAAAAAUCAAUCAGGCUAAUAUUAUGUGCCUCCUAAUGGAAGUAUUUAAUGUCACCUACAAAGUAUUCAUGCCCAAAAUAUCAAAAUUGAAUCCAACCAAGUUUCUAGAUCUAACCAUCAGCUUACAGGAACUACAUGGAGCUACAGAAUAGUGCCAUGAGACCUACAAACUAAAUGAGACUUGACAUACACCAACCAAAGGCACAGCCAGCCUUGUUUGGAUCCUGACUCAAACCGAGUUAAGAAAAAUACCACUUGGGAAAUUCUAAAGGAAAUUUGUACAAUAAUAUUAAAUUAUUUUAUGUUUGGAUGUAAGUGAUAGUGCUAGAGUCAUGUUUUAUUUUUAAAAUAAAGUGUCUUUAAGAAGUCAUACUGAGGUAUUUGUAAAUGAAAUGAUACAGCCUUGUUUGAAAUAAUCUAGUAAGAGCAGGGUGAGUGGGAUGGUGUGGAGCUGGCCAUGUGUGCAACGUUUCUGAAGCUGGGUGACAAGUACAUUGUGGGAGAAAAGGGGGAUUACACUAGUCUCUACCUUUGUAUGUUUUUAAUUUUCCACAAUAAAAUACUCAAAUAUCCA